CUGAAUUUAUUUAGUUCGCUGUGAGUGUUGAAGGUGCAGCGGUAACAAAAGACAGCAAAUGUCAUGACAGGCUGACUGGGCCAAAAGUGACGCUGAGGAUUAUCCGCAUCAUUGGAUCCCAACACUGACACCUGGCACCCCGACCUGGCCCUCAGUGUACCUGCAAUGCCCCCCAAUGCCGCGCCGAGCCUCCAUUAAUGAUCCACAGAUGACUGUGCCAUGUGGAGACAAGCAGCAGAACGAAGGACAAGCGGCAAACAUCACCCUAACCCAAAUCACAUCAGGCUGCACACCAGGGAAUGUCCACAAGAGGCGAAGCAGGUCAAAGAGGAGAUGAGUGUGCAUCAAUUUGACCAACUGCAAGUACGAAAGCGUGCGGCGCGCCGCUCGUCGCUACGGCCUUAAAGUGCAGACGGAAGGAGACGACUGGACGCUGAUGUGGUCCGACUGCUCCGUGUCACUGGAGAGGGUGAAGGCCAUGAAGCAGUACCAGAAGAUCAAUCAUUUCCCCGGGAUGAUCGAGAUCUGCCGCAAAGACACUCUGGCCAGGAACUUGAACCGCAUGCUGAAGCUCUUCCCUAAAGACUACAACAUCUUUCCCAGGACGUGGUGCCUUCCCGCAGACUACUGCGACUUCCAAGCGUACACGCGCGUCAAAAAGCACGCCACCUUCAUCUGCAAGCCCGACUCUGGCUGUCAAGGACGGGGCAUCUUCAUCACCAGGUCCAGUCGAGAUAUUCAGCCCGGAGAACACAUGAUCUCUCAGCUCUACAUCACCAGGCCUCUGGUGAUGGACGGCUACAAGUUCGACUUGCGUAUCUAUGUGCUGGUGACGUCAUGUGACCCGCUAAGGAUCUUCCUGUUCAAGGAGGGGCUGGCCCGCUUCUGCACCACCAUGUACACUGAACCAGCGCACAGCAACAUGGACGAAGUGUGCAUGCAUCUUACCAACUACUCCAUCAACAAGCACAAGGAAAACUUCAUUCGUGAUGACAACACGGGUAGCAAGCGGAAGCUGACGACGCUCAUCCGGCAGCUGGAGGCGGCCCGCGCCGACACGGCCAAGCUGUGGGGCGACAUCGAGGACCUGAUCAUCAAGACGCUGAUCGUUGUGCAGCCAGUCCUCAAGCACAACUACCGCACGUGCUUCCCCAACCACGCCGCCGCUAGCGUCUGCUUCGAGAUUCUCGGCUUUGACGUCCUGCUGGAUCACCGCCUACGGCCCUGGCUGCUCGAGGUGAACCACUCGCCGAGUUUCACCACCGACUCGCAGCUGGACCGCGAGGUGAAGGACACUCUGCUGCUGGACACGCUGCUGCUCAUCAACCUGAACGCCUGCAAAAGGAGCAGGAUCACCAAGGAGGAGCGCAGGCUCUCCAAGGAGCGUCUACAGGAGAACCCGUCCAAAGCAGCAAGGGCCGAGGAGCUGCGCCAGUCCCAUGCGGCCUCGGCCCAGCAGAUGGACAUGUACGAGAGCAAACAUCUAGGAGGCUUCAGGAGGAUCUUCCCCAGAGAGGGCGGAGACAAGUACGACAAGUUUUUCACACAGGGAAGCACGCUGGUACAGGCCACGGAAGCUUCCAGAGCCCGACAGGAGUGUGCCAGGCAACAACUGCAGGAGCUGCGUGACAAGCAGCGGGACGUGACCGUCGUCCGGCAUCGGGACACUCAGGGGGAAACGGCAGGGGAGCGCCCCCAACGUCCUAAACCUCGACCGGCACCACGCAAACCCCCCGUCACCCACCCGCUCCUCAAGCCUCCCGCUGCAGUCAAAACCUGUGAGCUGGAAGAUGGGAAUGAUGAAGAGGAGGAAGAGGAGCGGGUCAAGGCGCUGAUCCAAAGGAAGAAGCUGCUGCUGGACCUGGGCCUGGUCCAGCACAUCCGCCAGCUGCUGCAGCUGGAGGGUCAUGAAGACGACGGGCCUCGCCAGCAGGGGCCGCCGGCCGCCGGGAGGCUUUUAACGCUGGACACUUUGACGCCCAUUUCUAAAAAAAGCAAGAUGUCGGCCUGCAUUCUGACAUCCAGACAGAGCUCGCUGAGGCCUUCGAGCGCACUCAGGAAUUUCCACGCUCCAGGCUGCCUGCAGCUCGAGACAGAAGGCCGCCACAAAGUUGAAGGCAAAGGAUGGACCGUCGGUGCUGAGAGGGUCCCGGGGCCAGGCCCCGCGCGCUUGCCAAACGUCAGCAGGCUCCCUGACCGGCGGGCCCGUGAAGGCGGCGUCCCCCUCGUCAAGAGGGUCCCCAAAGGACGUAGUCCCUCCACACAACGUGACCCCGCAGACCUGCAGGGUCUCCUGGUCACCUCCACGCGCCCCCCUUUGCUCCGGAGACCUCGCCUCGCCCGAUGGCCCCUUCAGCGGGGCCAAGGACCCUGAACCGGGGCUCCCCACACCAGCCGCUGUUCACAAUUUCCAGCAGCAAAACUGUGAAAGUAGAAAAGCACUGCAAGGAGAUUUUAUUCAU